CGAGGGCGACUCGAACAAAAUUAUUGCUCUUCCAGAGAGGCAGACACUGUUAAUUACCUUUUAACUAGGUGCCGGAUGCAGCAGCAGUAAUGCGUUAAGAGACUUGACACAAGAUUCCCCUCCAAUUAAUUAAUCAACACCCAACCCUCUCGAUCAGCACCAACAUCAGCCUCAGUAUCAGCCAUGGCUCAACAAACAGUCUCGGUUCAGCAUCCGGCCAUCGGCACCGUCAGUGGCAUCCGUCGACUUCCACAGGUGGAUCAAUUCUUGGGCAUCCAAUAUGCCACCCUGGCCGAUCGCUUCUCAAGGGCAACUCUUAUCGAGGCUUAUCCGAAUUCUAUAGACGGAACUGCCCUAGGUCCCCUGCCUGUCGCCGACCCAGCCGGAUGUGAUAAUGAGCAGUUGUUGCUCCAACACGCACUCCCUCACCCAACCUACACAUUCAGCGACACCGAGUGCCUCACUUUAAAUGUAGCCGCCCCGUCAGAGCAGUCGGCCACUCCGCUACCCGUCCUCGUCUUCGUUCAUGGCGGCGGCUUCGUCACGGGGAGUGCCAACUGGCCGCAGUGGGACGUUGCCGCCAUCGUGGAGAAGAGCAUCGAGGCCAAGAGCCCAAUCGUUGCCGUGAGCAUCAAUUACCGCCUGGGACAUUUUGGCUUCCUGACCUCGGCUGCCCUGCGGGAUGCGGGAUAUCUACCCAAUAACGGCCUGUACGACCAGAAAGUCGCCUUCCGAUGGAUUCAGAAAUUCAUCCAUGGGUUUGGGGGUGACCCUAACAACGUCACCUACCUGGGGAACAGUAUCGGGGCCGCUUCUGGCUUCAUCCAUCUGCAGAGUGGGGAGCGAUUAUUCAAGCGGCUGGCCGCUCUGGGUGGCAGUCCGCUCAUCCGCCCAUUCCCCACCGAAGUCGCAGAAUUCGCAUACGGGAUGGUCACCAAGGCCCUUGGGCUUGAGUCCCUCUCGCCGGCGGAACAGGUGCGGGCUCUUCUCGAGAUGCCUGCUGCCGAUCUCGAGGCUAAAUUGCGCAAUGUGCCCGCCCCCGUUUGUUCCGUCGUCGACGGCGAUGUCAUUCGAGGCGUGACGACGUACGAUGUCCUUUCCAAACCCCAGGAAGUGGACCGCCUGUUUCCUGGAAUCGGGUCGGUCAAGGAUGUUCUGUUGGGCAGCUGCCAGUUCGAUGGCAUGAUCUUUGCGGCAACAGCUCUUCCCGGUCGCAAGGAUGACUUAGCAGCCACCCUAGAGCAGUCCCUGAGAGCCGCACUGAAAUCCGACGCGGACUCUCUAGUCCCAUCGAUCCUCUCGCUGUACGGCCUCGACAAAGCCAGCGUGAUGGACACCAAGACCAAGACCCUCGCUGUCACCGGCUUCCUCCACGACAUCUGCUUCGGCCAGGGCGCGAGGGCUACAGCCCAGGCCUGGGCCGACGCCCGCGACCGCCACGGCACGACCACGCGCCUCAUGCACUUCGACGCCCCGAACCCCUGGCCGGGCGCCUACGCAGGCUACGCCACCCACGCCCUCGAAGUCGCCUUCGCCCUGCAGAACUACAACGCCCACCUGGCGCCCGGCCAGCGCGCUUGCGCCGAGAGGCUCGGCCGCGACCUCAUCGCCUUCGCUAGCGGGAGGGGGCCGUUCCCGCCGUUUGGCGGCGAGAACGGCGGCGUCGAGAUGGUCUACACUGCCGGUGUCGCGGCCGAGACCGACGGAUCGACGCUCUUGGCGGCGGCGGAGGCGGGCGGGAAGGGGCGGCGGGCCAAGUUGGUGGAGAUCGUCGGGGGUAAGCCCGAGAUGUUGGACAAGCUGUCGGAUGCGUUUGGUUUGUUCCUGCGAGGCCCGCAGUAGCUGGGUGCUUUGUGAAAUUCCCUCUUGGCGGUAAUAAUUGCGGACUAAUUAGUUGUUGCUGCUGUACGUCCUUGUAGCUGAAAAAUUGUCCCCAAAGAUGCUGGGUCGUGGGCUGACUGAUUAAAAACUGAUGUCCGGAGGAAGCGUUCUUGCUGCAGUCCCAAAAGGAAUUAGAGCUCACCUGCCUGGCCUCCAGAGCCCGCUCCGUGUCCUUAACCAACGUCAGAGACACUAUAACAGACCUCUACUCGGCAAAACUUGACAAAGGUCCCAUGCGAGAGCAACGUGAUAACCGCACAGGCUUACAUCUGGAGAAACCCAGUCCAGGAGUCUCCCCCGUGAACGUCGUUACCUUCAAAACUAUCCAGCGCGCUUGAGAACGGGUAGCGGCUGGUUCUAGUGUUCCUUCUGCUCCAAGCUUAUUAUCAUCUCC